AUGGGAAAUUGUUUCGAUUAAGAAGAGAAUCCAAAGUCAUCAGUAAAAACAAUGAAGAAAAUUGAGAGUGUAAUUAGCUAGGCUUUGAAAGAGACAGAUGGAGGGAAGAUAAGUUUAAAAGAAUUUUUAAGCUAGGGAGAGAUUGGGAGGGUUUAAUAAAUUAUAAAUUUAAGGGUUAAUUUGGUAAAGUACUUAAAGUUAAAAUGAAAAGCAAUUAAAAAGAAUAUGCUAUGAAGGUUAUCAAGAAAUAAGAUAUCAUAAAUUAUGGAUUAAAAGAGCAUGCAAUGUUAGAAAAAAAUGUACUAGAAUAUAGUAACAACCCAUUUGUGAUCAGAUUAUAAUACUCUUUUCAAUCUGAACAUAAAUUAUACUUAGUUAUGGAGUAUAAUUUUUAUAUUUAUUUAAAAAGAUUAGUCAAUGGUGGAUAACUUUUGAAACUAAUUAAUAAAUAACCCCUAAGAAGAUUUACAUUAUAUUAAACUUAAUUUUGCACAGCUGAAGUAGUACUCGGUCUUGAAUAUAUGCAUGAAAAACUCAAAGUGAUAUAUAGAGAUUUGAAACCAGAAAAUAUUUUAGUCACUGAAAAUGGUCAUCUAAAAUUAACCGAUUUUGGAUUGUCUAAAAAAUAUGAAUCAGAUGAGAUGAAAUUUUUUACAGUAUUUAAAUAAACCCUUAUCAAUAGUUUAGAUGGCUGGUACUCCUGAAUAUCUAGCUCCUGAAAUUCUAAAUAAUUCUGGACAUAAUUACACUGUAGAUUGGUGGUGUUUAGGAAUUUUGAUUUAUGAAAUGUUAACAGGGAGAACACCAUUCUAAGACAAAGAAAACAAUAUUAGAAAUAUUCAAAAAUUAAUAUAAGAUGGAAAUAUUUAAUUUACCGAUUAUAUUGAUGAAAAUUCUAAAGAUAUUAUUUUAAAAUUUUUGAAUAAAGAUCCAAUCUAAAGAUUAGGUUAAUAUAGAUGAUAUUUAAGGUCAUAAAUCCAUUUAAGAUAUUAAAGAUCAUGCUUUUUUUAAUGAUUUAAAUUGGGAUGAUAUUGCUAAUUUAAGAAUUUAAUCGCCCCUUUUAGAAAUGAAUCUUCUCUAAAAUUAACCCGCAAAAGAAGUUUUAAUUCCUAAAAAAAUCCUUGAAACCCCAUAAUCUUAAGUGGCCUAAACUGAAUAGAAUUUUGAUGGCUUUUCUGCAAAUCAUGAAGAAUUUUGA